AUGUUUCUUUAUCUCUCUCUCUCUCUCUCUCUCUUCCUUUACCUCUACUUUUUUAACCCUAUCACUUUUCUACUCACUUCAUUCUCCUUACCCUCUCUCUAUGUUUCUUUAUCUCUCUCUCUCUCUCUCUCUUUUUGUUUCUUUACCCUCUAUCUCUCUUUUGUUUCUUCUUUACCCUCCAGUUUCUAUCUCUCUUUAGUUAACCCUAUCACUUUUCUUCUCACUUCAUUCUCCUUACCCUCUCUCUAUGUUUCUUUAUCUCUCUCUCUCUCUUCCUUUACCUCUACUUUUGUUUCUUCUUUACCCUCCAGUUUCUAUCUCUCUUUAGUUAACCCUAUCACUUUUCUUCUCACCUUCAUUCUCCCUCUCUCUAUGUUUUUUUAUCUCUCUCUCUCUUCCUUUACCUCUACUUUUGUUUCUUCUUUUCCCUCCAGUUUCUAUCUCUCUUUAGUUAACCCUAUCACUCUUUUUCUUCUCACUUCAUUCUCCUUACCCUCUCCCUAUGUCUUCUCUCUCUCUCUCUUCCUUUACCUCUACUUUUGUUUCUUCUUUACCCUCCAGUUUCUAUCUCUCUUUAUUAACCCUAUCACUUUUCUACUCACUUCAUUCUCCUUACUUUUUGUUUCUUCUUUACCCUCUCUCUAUGUUUCUUUAUCAUUCUCUCUCUCUCUCUCUCUCUCUUCCUUUACCUCUACUUUUUUAACCCUAUCACUUUCUUCUCACUUCAUUCUCCUUUUCUCUCCCUCUCUAUGUUUCCUCUCUCUCUUUCUCUCUUCCUUUUCCUUUACCUCUACUCUUUUGUUUCUUCUUUAUUCCCUCCAGGUUCUCUAUGUUUUUUCUUUAGUUAACCCUAUCACUUUUCUCUCUCUCUCUCUCUAUUUAACCCUAUCCUUUUCUUUAUCUCUCUCUCUCUCUUUAUCUCUCUCUCUCCUUCUACUUUUUGUUUAUUCUUUACCCUCCAGUUUCUAUCUCUCUUUAGUUAACCCUAUCACUUUUCUUCUCACUUCAUUCUCCUUACCCUCUCUCUAUGUUUCUUUAUCUCUCUCUCUCUCUCUCUCUCUUCCUUUACCUCUACUUUUGUUUCUUCUUUACCCUCCAGUUUCUAUCUCUCUUUAG